GGAUGAUACAGUGUCGUUGAAUACUUACUUACCAACCAAUUUAUACAGACACAAAAGCUGUAACGAUGUUGCUAGGGCAAAAUCUAGCAAGAAUUCUGAUCAAAACUCAUCACAUGACAUCCGUCAAAAAGAUUGAAAAGAUAACCAAAUCAGCGAAGAGAUUAGACUGUGCAGUAUUGUUAAAGACUGGAAGACCGCCCGGAGUUAUGCUUGCGGAAGGUGAAAUUGGGAAUGCAGAACAAUGGUUAGAUGUUGUGAAGAAUCUGAGGUACAAGAACUUCGAAUUGAUGAAAAAAGAAGAGGUAGAUGGGAGGAGGUUAGAUGUACCUGCUGGAAAGGUUAAGCAAAUGGAGAGUUUAAAGGAAUAUGGGAUAGAGGUUGGGAAAGACGAGGAAUUGAGAAAGUGGUGGAGGUUACACAUGGGCUUUAUGAAAGGAGAAGAUGAAUAA